ACUUUCAAGAUGGCGGGCGAGAAGGUACUGAAAAACAUAUCAGGAGUUUAUUGCCGCUUAUUUGACCACAGGCCGAUCAUUCAAAGUGAAUGCAAAUACUUUGUAAGGGAAUUUGAAGGGAAAAGGAAUGACCGAGAAGUAGAAAGACUGAAUGAAUCUCUACAGAAAGUACGGCAAAUUGAGGAAGAAAUCCCAAAAUGUGUCGAAAAGGCAAAUCAGUUUGAAGAACUAAAACAGCAGCUUAGAGCAGCAAGACAAAGUUGUCAUGAUAUCCUCGUAAAAGAAGAAGAAGACCUUCAACACGAAAGACGAGAACAAAUUAAGGAAGAUGCUAAAAAGGACUGGGAAAAAUUUCAACUGGAAAUGAAUGAAGAAGAAGAGAAAAUAAGAAAAGAAUUUGAACAAGAAGCUGAAAAAUUGAGGGAAAAAUACGGGGUCAAACAAGCAACGAUUCAUUAAUUAAUGUAAAAACUAAGAAGAGGUCUGGGUGAUGACUGUAGUAUUAAUUCCUAUAGCAAUUUUUAAUCGAACAAUCGAAAAUKAAUAUACCUAGAAUAUAUAUUUACUGUCGAAUGAGAUUUUAGUCAGCUACAUCACAUUGUGAGGGAGGGGAGAGGAGUAGGGGGGAGGGGGUCAAUGGGGCUCUUGAACACUGCAAAGUUGGAAAAAUUUCCUUGAUCUACCCACCAGCAAACACCAAACAUAACGUUGAUUGCAGACAAAAAGCUUUGAGCAGUAAGCAUGCCGGUGCAGAAUAGUUAAAAUUUGGUAGGCUAAUGACAGUGAUGCAGACAGCCGUUUUUUGCUGGUUUCAAAAUCCUUCCUUGCAACUGUGGAGAUGAGGUAAAAACACUCUGCUCUCAUUGAUUAAACACCAUCAGUACAUUUUGUUGAUUAUAAGCCUAGGUUGUUUGUUUCUGUUUGUUUUUGCACAAAAAUGAAUUCCUACCAGUGAAAGUAUCAAUUAUUGAGCAAGCACGAAAAAUAAUGGGCUUAUGGUUUUAGGUGAAGUUUAUGUGUAUGUGACAUCAGCUCAAACAUGUAUGGACACAUUUAAAGGGACACAGUUAUGGCAUACUGUCAUCUAGAGUACAGACAUUCCUUACAGUUUGUUUACACCUGUUUUCUCCAGUGUGGGUGACAAAAAUUCAAAACGAGAAAAACGCAACUGACUUGUGGAAUUACUCUCUUUUUCGAGACUCAAGACCUUAAUUUGAUGGCACAACUUUUGCCUCCAGCCAUCUCAUGCAACCUGCUUAUGGCAUCCUUGCAACAGCUGUCAUAGGGGCCUUUAUGAAUAUUAGGCACCUUAUUCUUCGUACUAAUUUUUGUGAGCACUUAAUUUAAGUUGGGACACAAAAUUAAAGCCUAACAAAAACUA